CAUGUUUUAUUUACGGCAUUUCAGGCGGUUCUGCGGAACCGCGGUAAACGGUAAAAUCCACUCUGAGAUUAACCAAAAUCGCAAAAUCAACAAGUUUCUGGUUCGGGGCGUGUUUGUGUUUGGCAUGGGCGUUGGCGUAUACGUUUGCAUGAGGAAUCCAAGUUGUCCGAUUUACGACGGAAUUCUGUACGGCUUAAGGAAAUGUCUAGACCCCGAGGAAUCUCAUAAACUUAGCAUAGUUCUGGCCAAAUUGGGACUUACACCCGUGGAUUAUUCCAUUGAUCCGCCCAUUCUCUAUAAUAACAUUAAGCACAUUAAAAUAUUUAAUCCAAUAGGUAUGGCAGCUGGCUAUGAUAAGAACUGCCAGGUCCCGCUGGAGAUUCUAAGGCUAGGGUUUGGGUUCAUAGAAGUUGGAACUGUUUUACCAAACCCACAGCCCGGGAAUCCCAAACCAAGGCUAUUCAGACUCCCAAACAAUAAAGCACUCAUCAACUCACUAGGCUUCAACAGUUUGGGAAUUGAUGUUGCGGUGGAGAAUAUGAAGGUGGCUAGGGCUAGGCAGGAGAGUGAUCCGCUUACAAGGGACUCAAUUAUCGGAAUUAGCAUAGGGAAAAAUCUCAAUGGAGAGAUUUUGGCUGAUGUGUCACAUUGUAUUGAGCGGAUCGGACUGUACUCAGAUUACCUGUGCAUCAACGUUAGCUCACCGAACACGCCGAAUCUGAGAGAUAAUCAGAGAAAAGAACCCCUGCUAAAGCUCGUAAAAACGGCCAAAAACGCCCUAAAAGACCUGGAGACAAGAGUUUCUACAGAGAAUUUAACAUACGUAAACACUACGAAAACGAGGCCGUUGUUAUUUUUUAAAAUUUCACCUGAUGUCACGGAUCAAGAGCUAAAGGACAUUGCCGAUAUCGCGUUGGAGCAUGGUUUGGAUGGACUUGUGCUGACAAACACAACUAUUUCGAGGCCUGAGUGUUUGGGAGAGGAGUUGGAGAGGGCUGGAAAUCCCAGGGGAGGCCUGAGCGGUCAUCCGCUGAAGGAACACGCCAGAAAAGUUGUAUUCCAAAUGUAUAAACUGACAAGCGGAAAAAUACCAAUCAUCGCCUGCGGGGGAAUCUCUACGGCGCAAGACGCCCUGGAAAUGAUCGAGGCUGGCGCCUCAGCUUGCCAACUUCUUACAGGACUGGUGUACCACGGGCCUAAGCUCCCCAGCCUAAUAAAGAACGACUUGGCCAAAUUACUAAACCAACGUGGUUAUAAAAAUAUUAAAGAAGCCGUCGGCUCAGCACAUAAAUGAGUUAUUUUAGGUAAAUUUUAAUUUUUGGAUUACGGAGCCUCUCCACGUCAGAAUGAAUUUUUUUAAAUUCCGCCACAAUGAAUUUUUUUAAAUUCCGCCAGAAUGUGAAUUUUU